GCCCCUGCAGCUGGAGGCGCUGCAGAGGAAGCUGCCUGCCAGUGCCAAGCCGGUGAGCAAGAUGAAGAUUGCCAUGGUGAGCAUGCCCCGGGCCAUGCAGGUCCUGCCUCUUGACCACUCUGCAGGCGACAUGGACACGGCCCCCGCUAGCAACAAAACCGAGGACCAAGUGAAGCACCUGCUGCUGCAAGCAGACCCCAGGAAGAUGUUCCCGAAACUGAAGGACAACCUGAUGGACAACCUGAAAAGCCUGAAGAAGACCAUGACUGAUGCGGACUGGAAGUCCUUUGAAUCCUGGAUGCACAAGUGGCUGCUGUUUGAAAUGGCCAAGAACCCCAAGCCGGAGGAGCGUAAGGCGAUCCCGGCGGAGCAAGUGCAAACUAAAUGCCAGGCGGAGGCCAAUUCUGGGGGUGUCCGGCCGGGUUACUUCCACCCGCAGUGCGAUGAGAACGGCGACUACCUGCCCAAACAGUGCAAUGCCGCCACGGGCUACUGCUGGUGCUCCUACAAAAAUGGCACCAGGAUUGAGGGCACUGCCACUCGGAAAAAGCUGGACUGCCCCGAUGCUGCCACCGUGGAGCCGGAGGAGAUGAUGUUCUCCGGGGUGGAGAUGCUCAAGCUGGGUGCGGAUAAAGCCAACUAGAAGAGGACACGAGCAGAGGCCUGUCCCCUCUUCAGCACCCCAGCUCCCAUCUUUGAUUUUGUUUUUUUUUUUGCUCUAUUUCAUUUCUGCUCUUACAUUGCUUUCUUGAGAUGAUUAACAGCGGGCACCCCCGUGCGCUCCUGCCCCUCAAGGCAUCGGUUGUGACCCCUUCCCCUGCUGCAGGGCACCAGACGGGGCUGCAGCUGCCACCAGGAUCAGUGCCAGAGACAAAAAGCAUUCCCUCAAAGGGGGGGUAAAGCAGGCGGGAAAGUCAUUUCAGCGAUGUCGGACCCAUAAAUCCUCUUGCCUUUUGCUCAUCGGCAUCCCGCAGCCCCUGGGCAGCGGCAGGCGCAGAGCUCACCCCUGCUGAAGAAUGAGCCACUAACGCUUUCUUACACCGAGUGAACAUUAAAAGCAGCAAAACAACCUCCACCAGCUUCUUAACUGACCCCCGUAGGUUGAAGCCCUGUUAAGAUUAUUAGAGUAGAGGGUUUUUCUUGUGGAGCGCUCAGUUUUGUAGAGCUGAGCUUAUCUUCAGUAGAGAUAAGAUGCUCACCUUCAGCUUUUGCCUUCAGGCUGGAGAACAGCCACAGCAGAGGGUAACAGCGGGCAGAGGAGCUGACCCUGGAGUCAGAGGGGCUUCUAAUUUUUUUUUAAUAUAUCUGAUAGUUCCUGUAUAAGUGACCUCACAAGCUAAUUAUUUCAAAUAAACUUUUGAGUAAGAAAGCCUUGU